UGCUUGUAAUGCUGUCACAUAGCGUAAGAGGUCUCGCUUGAAAUGUGCCAGACACGCGAGGGUAUUGGAUGCUAUGGUUUUGUCGAGCGCAAGUCUGACGUACCUACAAGAUCCAACUUUGAGGACGAUGACGGUGGCGCAUUGCAGCUCGCGGCAGACUACGACGAUAGCGCAACGUGGCGGAGUUGUCGUCGCGCGCGACGGAAUGCGGGGAAUGGUUGGGUGAACCGGGGGGGGCAUUCAGAUGACAACUUUCCCGCGUCAUCCUCCCAGUCGGUCACCAGUUUGACGUCUGUCCCGCAGGGGACCCGGUUUGGUGCAAGGGUGGUGAGAACCCCUUUCUACCAAGACCUCGCAUGGGGAGGUGUUGUUUCUGCACGAGAGUUUUUUGACUUCAAGUUGGUGGAGCAAAGCAACGCUGACCUUGACGAACCGUGCCACGUUCGAGGCGACCAAGAGCUGUUGCAGCCUGUUCAGAUGUGCACCGGGUUCGAAUUAAGCGGUGCUCCAGCCGAAGGGGGGGAUUUGGGUUCCAAUUUUUCUUUCUUGCUCCACCGAGGCGAGGCCCGUGGUCGAUUCGACGACAGCGACGAUGACGAAGAGGAGCAGACGCGGACUUCGCCGCUCAGGCGGGGAGACGGGUCUGGGGGUCCGAUUGACAUCGACGCCACAUACUUCCUGGAGUGGAACGAGGGCGUGCGGACGAAGUGGGAGUUCUUCAUUAACCCGUCGCAAGUCGUCGAUGUCGGUGAGUGGGAACAGUCGUACAAUCAGCGGUUCAUGGAUCCCGUGCACACGCAGCUCAUCAUUGACACAAUAAAGUUGGCCUUCUCCAAUACCGAGAAGACGUACGAGUUGCCUACGCCUAUGCUGGCGCCGGUGGGAUUGGAGAAACCAGUGAGGGGCGUACGGGCGGUUCGUCUGAAGCCAGAGGACUGGAAGGACGAGCUGGCGGGACAGUACUAUUGUUACGCCGUUUCCGGGCAGCACAUCGCGGCGGCAGCCAAGGUGCUGCUAAGGACCGAAGUCGAAUUGCGAUACAACUUCGAGAGGUGGCCUGCUCAUAUGGUUUACUUCUCGGACGAAGACUUUUUGAAGGGUAUUUUCUGUGAGGCUAAGUACAUGCGCCGCAAGGACCACAUGUUGAUGUUGCUGGACAACUACCACAACGCCUCCUGCAAGAACGCGAAGAACUUCCUCGACCGGCUGGAGUGUUUGUACUUCGUUGAGUCCAAGAAGCACCUAAACGAAAAGAGUUAUGUGUCGGCGGGAGGGGCUACGUGCGUGAAGGCAGAAGAGCGGGCCGCGGGAUUCGACGCGGUUUUGGGAGAAGUUUGUGAGUUAUAUGGGAGGGACGGAGGGAAAGAAGGGGAAGAAGGGAAGGAGGGAGAGGAAGGGGGAGAAAAGGAGUGGAUUUUAUUGCGUGAAGGAGAAGAGGGUGGACAGGGGGAUGUCGAUAUUGAAGACAAGGAACGAUUGGGCAGUGAGGAGGAUGCAGGCUAUGAAGAGUUGUCUGACUUGUUCGUCGAGCUUUACGCGGGGCAUCCCGGGCCUGAUGCCGACGACGAUGCGACAACAAUGGAUAUGGAGACGCAAGCGGUCAGUGACCUGUCAGCAGACCCUGAAGAUUAUGAGGUUCAACCGCUGGCGGUUGCUGUCGAUCUCCAACACCGCUGCGAUGAGGUUUCCGUUGCUGUGAGCCCGGUUCAACAAAGUCAAUAAUUGAGCGUCGUUGAAGUUAUCGAUGGGAUACUCGGCGGCUAGCAGCAAAAUAUUUUAUCACCCUCUUGCACAUCGACGACAGAGUGAAUGAUGAGGUGGUCAAUUUUGACAUGGCGCUGUUGGGGUCGACCGCAAGUGAGAUAUGUGACAUCCAGUCGGACCUUCAAGUCUUCAGCUUUAAUUCGUUCUUCUUCAGUAAAUUGCAACUUCAAGA